AUGACGAAGUUCUUCUUUGGCAAUCUGCUCACGAACACGGGUACGGAACUUCUCACGAAUCAAGUACUCCUUGGCAAUCUGUUGACGGUUGGCCACAGCUUCUGGAUCAUAUUCAUCGUCAGCCAAUGCAACACGAUCCCCGUAGUGCCAUGCGAAGACGUUCGAGAUGAAACAGAAGAAGAGGGCGAUCAUGAAGAAUCUCAUAUUGAUUGA